AUGACGCCCGGUGUCGUCGGGGAGGGAGGGGUUCUCGAGGAGCAGCGCCUGGAGCCGCAGAUGGGGUGCAUGGCCGGGUUCCUCCAGCUGUUCGACCGCCAUCACGGCGUCGCCGGGAGGCGGCACUACUCUGUCCACCGCCUUCCCACGUCGCCGGUGAGGGUUCGGCAGAAAGGGUGCGUUCAGACUGCUGGAUCGACGUCGCCGUCGGAGAGAUCGGAGGCUUCCUCGGCUUCGAUUUUGAAGGAGAGCCAUCCUCCUCCGUCGUCGCCGGAGCCCUGCCCUUCUUCGCCGGAGAGAGGCUCAGCGGCAGAAACACCGGCGCGGCGGUCGCUUCCGCUGUCGCUCCCGGUAUUCGAGGUCACGGACGGAGUGAGCACUACCUGGAGGAUCCGGGACAUUCCGAGGCUUUCUCUCGACAGCCGCGCGGUGGUUGACGCGAGAGGAAAGCUCCGCCCGCGGGAGAUCCGGACGGCGGUGCCGGUACGCUCCGAGAACCAAACUGACGCUUCCGAGGCCACAGAGGAGCAGCGGCGUUCCCCGAGCGUCGUCGCGAGGCUAAUGGGGCUCGGUGUCCUACCAAGCGCCGGCGGGGAAGGACGAGCAGAGCCUCACCGGGCCGAGCUACGGCGAUCCGCCUCCGAGUCACGGGUUCGGAGAGAUCCAUCGAUCUACGGGUUCGUGGACGCAGGAUCGUUCCACAAGCCGUGGCCGUCGCCGGCCGCGGAGGAAGCCGCCCGGGUCUCCGCUGAGGAGCUCUUUAAAACGGUCAAUCUGGCCCGCUUCAGGCUAAACGACGCGACGAAGGCCAAGCCGCCAUUGAGAAGUACCCCGCUUCAGCCGCUCCAGCGGAAGAUCUUCUUCCAUGCCGAGGACUUCUUCCCGGAGCCGAAGCGGUCAGUAACCCUCUACGGCGAGAUCGAGAAGCGGCUCAGGUUGCGAGGCAUUGACGAGCCGGCGAAGGACCUGGAGACUCUGAAGCAAAUCUUGGAGGCGCUCCAGCUCAAGGGGCUCCUCCAUUCUAAACGGUCGGACCAUCGCGUCACCGGUCGCCGCAAUCUCAUCUCCGACUACGAGGGCCGGAUCCAAGGCGAAACUCCGAUCGUCAUCAUGAAGCCGGCACCCAAGCCCCCGCGCCGGCGCUCGAGCGAGCCGCCAAGAUCCGUCGCCGCUCGCCAGAGCUCUUCGCCACUCAGGCGCGAAAUAUCGCCGGUGCAUCGGACCAUCAGGGGAGGAAACGAGCGGACGAAUCGUGCGCCGAGGUCGCCCGAGAGCCCGAGCUCACCGGUGCUUCGGAGGACGUCAAAUGCGGCGACCCAGAAGAGCGUGCAGGCACAACGGAGGAUCUCGACAGUCGGUUCCCCAAAAUGUAGUCCGAAGAUGACGGGGCCGGAUCCGCUGGCCGUCCGAUCGCCGAGGAGCCGGAGGCCAACGGCGCCUUCGUCUCCCGAGGAGAAGGUUUACGCAUCCGCGGAGGACGAUACCUCCACCACCCUUUCCGAGAGCAGCAUCAGCGUCUCCUCCCAACUGGAUUUGGAGGUGAUGCAGAGGAGAUCGAGGGCGGGCGAGUACAGAUCGGGGCGAAGCCUGUUGGAUCGAUGCGACAAGCUGUUGCACAGCAUCGCGGCGUUCACCGGCGCGGAGCAGGUCGCCGCUGCGGACCAGCAGCCGAGCCCUGUCUCGGUGCUCGACUCGUCGGCCUUCCUUGCCGAGGAAGGGUCGCUUUCGCCGUCCCCCCUCUCCAAGCGCUCCAUCGACUUCAAAGAUCGAGCGGCGGAGGAUUGGGAGGGGGAGCAGUGGUCUCCACGGGCGUGGACGAAUCAUGGGGACGUGGAGAGCGGGGCCGACGCCGUGGACCGCGACUACGCCUACGCGUGCGACGUCGUCCGCGCCACCCGCCGCUACGGGGAGGCGUCGGACGCCGUGUACGCGACCCUGGAGAAGGGCCGCUGCCGGCGCCCCGCCGAGGCGUCCAAGGCCGCCCGCCUCCACCGACGCGUCGUCUUCGACACCGUGUCCGAGAUGCUGGACCGCAAGCGCCGGGUUCCCCCGUGGGACGCCUUCUCGAGCCCCCCCGGGCCUUGUCCGGGUGGCUGCGGGGAGGAGGAGGCGCUGCUGCGGGAGGUGUGGGCGGAGGUACGGCGCAUCCGUGAGCAGGUGGCGGACGACGACCAAGACGCCGUGGCGUGCGGGGCCGUGCGGAAGGACAUGUCCGGGGCCCUCGCGGACGGGUGGGCCCGCCACGCCGCCGAGAUGUCCGACGCCGUCCUCCACAUCGAGCGGCUGAUAUUUAAGGACGUGGUCGCGGAGACCAUCCGCGACCUCGCCGCCGCCGCCGCCCCCUCGACCCCCCGCCGCAAGCUGCUCUUCUAGAGGGCAAAACAAAGGAACAAAAACCGCUAGCGCUCGGAUGCAAUUUGGACGGUUGUGAUGUAACGGAAGUUUGUUGACAACGACCACCACCGAGUCGUAGGUGGGCAAACUCGUGGCGCGUAGGGCGGAGGAUAACACGAGAUGGGCUUCCGCCAGCAAAGGGGGUCCACGAAGGCAGCCCGGUCACUUGUGGUCGCUGCUGUAGCAGACGAUGCCACGAGAGUGGAGUCGUGAAUGGGACGCGCUCACGCGGGUGACUUGGUUUCUUUUGGGGUGGGGAACGGGCAGAGAGGCAUAUGAUGUGGUCAGUCUGUGUCGACGUCUCGUCCCCUCUGUUUCGCGCAGGUGGGGGC